UUCCGCCACUCGGCAGUCGAUGACGAGGAUGAUCAGCCGAAAUGAUUUCAUGUUCUGUUGUUGUUGACGACAAAGACACCACAUCCAUCGGUCAAAUCAACUAGCGAUGCUGACUCGAGCGGGCAACAGGCUGGUGGCUAGCUCAAGUAGGAGCCUACUCGUACCUCUCAGUAGACCGAUCUCGACUAUUGCACCUGCCCUCGAGCGACAUGCCGGUACACGACGUUCACUGAGACGAGAUGAUACCUCACAUAGAUAUCGAUCUAGGCCACCAUCCAGGUUCUCACCUGGUCCAUCCCUAGAUUAUCCAGACUAUGAACCUGGAGAGCCCAUAGGUGGACGAGUGAUCCCCUCUAGACCCGUGGUCAUUCCUCCGGAUCCCGAUGGAGUCCUCCAGGACAGUCAUGCAGCGAGAGAGCUGCUCGCUCAUGAUACGCUCGUCAUUGUCAGGCAGAUCGAAAUGCUGAACAUCUUUGUCGGAUUUGAACAAGCUAACCGAUACGCCAUUCAAACUACGGAAGGGGAGCUUGUCGGAUUCCUAGUGGAAGAAGAGCAGUCCAUCGUGUCUACCAUGACUCGUCAAUUCCUUCGAACACACCGUCCUUUCCGAGCCAUCAUCAUGGAUAGACACGGGAAUCCCAUCUUAUGGAUCCGCCGACCAUUCCAAUUCAUCAAUUCUAGAAUCUACGUCCGAGCUGCUGGAGAAGAGAAUGGUCCACUGGUCGGCGAGGCGCAGCAGGAAUGGCACCCUUGGAGGCGUCGGUAUAAUGUCUUUCAAACACGCAGAGGAGGAGAAACUUUUUCCCAAUUUGCAAGGAUAGACGGGGGCUUCUGGGCUUGGGACUUCUGGCUCAAGAACAAGGAUGACCAGCUCGUUGCUUCUAUCAACCGAAAUUUCCGGGGACUGGGCAGAGAAUUGUUCACUGAUACUGGCCAAUACGUCAUUCGUUUCGACGCUGCUGGCACCGAACUUGAUAUGCCUCCGGGAGCGGCGUUUGAAGUGCAGGGUCAGAAGCUGAUCCUCCCUUCUGGGCCCGAUGGCUCUCUGACAAUGGACCAGCGUGCCAUGACCCUAGCCACGGCCGUAUCUAUCGACUUUGACUACUUCUCAAGGCAUUCUGGUGCUGGGUGAGAUAAUCCCCGGACCGCGUUCUGACCUAUCACAGGGGUAUGGGCUUCCCUUUCAUGAUGUGGGGUGGAGGGGACGGCAGUGCAGAUAUGCAGCGGGGAGGUACAGCUGCAGGCGGAGCGGCCAGCGACGCUGGUGGCGUGGGGGCCGCCGCUGGGGUAGGGACAGCUAGCGGCAUGCUAAACGGUCAACAAGGUGGCAACAUGACUGAAGACGAAAUGAUUUAUGGUCGCCAACCAGGGCAAAUGUCUGAGCAAGAUGCCGAGGGACAAGAAUGGCCAUACGGCGAUGAAUCCAUGCAGCCGAGAAACGAUGAAGGAGGAUGGUAUCCUGAUGAGGAGCAGCCCAUGGAAGACCCUUGGGCAUCGGAGGAAUCUAGUGGAUUCUGGGGCGAUGGAGAUGGAGGUGGAGGUGGAGACUGGGGUGGUGGAGGAGGCGACAGCUGGUAGACAUAGCAGCGCGCGAAAGCCAGAAAGUCUAGCUCAUCAGAGGAGAA